GCACAGGGGACGGGACAUUUUUGAACUUGGGAGAGAAUUUGGAAGUAUGUAUGUAUAUAGUAGGUAUUUCAGCAGACGUUUAAAACUCCACCGAAAGUGAAACAUACAUAUAUGGAAGGAUAAGUAACUAUCGCUUGUUCCUUCGACAUGGCCAGCUACGGCGACGAUUACCAGCAACUGGACAGCAGUAGCGAAGAGGAAAAAUCACCGGUUGUGGCCAAGAAUGGCUGGAUAGGCCACUGCCGACGCAAUAUUUUCGCCCUGCUUCUCAUGCUGCUUUUUCUGGUGUCCUGUCUGGUGUACCGUAUGAACAGAGCUCACCAAGUUAAGUUGGAUCUGUCUGUCGAGGCGACCAGGCUGGAGUCCCAUAUCCAUAAGCUGCAGUGGGGCAUCGGUCAGUACCAGAGGGAACUUGUGAAGCUUCAGAAGGAGCGACUGCGUGAGCAAAAUACGCUGGAGCAGCUCAAAAUUGGCGUGAAGCAAGCGCAGGAGGCCCAACAAGAGGCAGUGCGAGACACUCCCAAAAUUACCCUGCCGCUCGCCCUCCAGGCCAACUCGCUGCCCAAAAAGAUGAAUACUGUGUCGACGGGCGUAGCCGCCACCUGUGCGAUGCACAACUGCUUCGACCACUCCCGUUGCAGCCUCACCUCUGGCUUCCCAGUGUACCUAUACGACCCCGACGAGCACUGUGUCCACAAAUCUGGCUACGACAUCGAUGAGUUCCUCAAAACGACUCUAAUACAGAUUCUAGGCUCCAUCGCGCACAUCGUGACGGAUCCAACGCAGGCCUGCAUCUUCCUGGUUGUAGUCGGCGAAGCUCUCCUGGUUAAGCAGCAGCCGACGGCACCCAGCCACACACACGACUGCCCCAUUGACAUGCAGAAGCUGUACAACCUGCCCUUCUGGGGCGGUGAUGGCCGCAACCAUGUGCUGCUCAACCUCGCACGCCGUGACCUCUCCUCCCGCCGCACCAAUGCACUGCUUCAGCAGAACACCAUGCGAGCCAUUGUCGUGCAGAGCGCCUUUGAGAUGAACCAGUUCCGGCUCGGCUACGAUCUGAUUGUGCCCCCCAUCCUGGGGCCACCCGGAGGAGACGUUUGGCAGGAGUGUGCCAGCAUGGUGCCCGCCCGCCGCAAGUACCUGAUUUCGUUCCAGGGAGAGAUGAGACCGAGAACAGACUCUCAAGCCACCAACCCGCUCGACGACUUCAUUCUGGAGCACUUGACGGACAUGUCCAAGGGGCCCACUCAGGAUCAGUUCGAGCUGCAGUUCCAGUGCGUGCCUGCCACGGAGCAGCAAGAGGCGGACUCCGUGUCCGACUGGACGCUCUGUGGAUCGGAUUCCUCCAGAAAGCAGCUGCUGAAGGACUCUACCUUUGCGCUGAUCCUUCCGCCGCUCAACGGGAGGGUUGCUUCCACCCUCAUGCUGGCCCGACUCUACGAGGCGCUGCGCUCUGGGGCCAUUCCCGUCAUCCUCGGAGCAGAUGAACUCCGACUGCCAUACGCGGAGACUCUGGACUGGCGUCGGGCGGCACUCCUCAUGCCCAAAGCUCGCAUCACGGAGCUGCACUUCCUACUGCGAGCCGUCCAGGACGCGGACUUGCUUCUUCUGCGGCGCCAGGGCCGUCUCAUCUGGGAGCGCUACCUCAGUUCGGUUCAGGCCACGGUGGAUACGGUUAUAGCCAGCCUACGCGAUCGCCUAGCGAUACCACCUCGUCCUAUUCCAAGCGUGGUUUCUCAGCACAUUUUCAACAGUUCGUUUACGCCUUUAAUGGCAAAGAUAAGAUUAACCAUUCAGCCGGAGGAGUCUCUUGGCCCCAUUGAGCCGCCUUAUCCGAGCCCCGCCUUUUGCCGAAACUACACGAUUCUACGCAUGCAGUCCAAGGAGGUCUGGAACGACUGGGUUGAUCCCUUCUACAUAUACCCCCAGCAGCCCUUCGAUCCCGCCCUUCCCUCCGAGGCAAAGUUCAUCGGAUCCCAUGCCGAAUUCAGGCCAAUCGGUAAGGGAAUUGGAGACGUCGGUAAGGAGUUCAGCGAGGCCCUCGGCGGGAACUACCCCAGGGAGCAGUUCACCAUCGUAAUUUUGACUUACGAUCGGGAGCACGCACUGCUGGGAUCCCUGCGCCGCCUUUACCGACUGCCCUAUCUCUACAAGGUGGUCGUGGUAUGGAAUUCGCCAAAGUCGCCGCAAAUCAAACUUCGCUGGCCGGAGAUCGGAGUGCCAGUCGAAGUUGUACGCGGACAGCGUAACUCGCUCAACAACCGCUUCCUGCCAUUGGACGUAAUAAAGACGGAGGCGGUGCUCUCGAUGGACGACGACGUUCAAAUCGGACAAGACGAGAUUGUGUUCGGCUUCCGGGUGUGGCGCGAGCACCGCGAUCGCAUCGUGGGAUUGCCUGGCCGCCACCACGCCUGGGAUGCCGUCAGCAGCACGUGGCGCUACAACUACAGCUGCAGCUGCGAGCUGAGCAUGGUGCUCACCGGAGCGGCCUUCCUGCACAAGUACUACAUGUACCGGUACACCUAUCAUAUGCCGCAGGCCAUUAGGGACAAGGUGGAUGAGUACAUGAACUGCGAGGACAUCGCCAUGAACUUCCUCGUCGCGCACAUAACCCGAAGGCCGCCGGUGAAGAUCACUUCUCGUUGGAGCUUUCGCCGUCGAGGAAUAAAGUCUUCGCUCAGCCAAAGACCCAAGCACCUUGAGGACCGCCACAAGUGCAUCAAUUUCUUCAGCCAGGUGUUCGGCUACACGCCCCUACUGAACACCCAGUACCGGGCGGACUCGGUCCUGUUCAAGACUCACAUUUCGCAAGACAGGAAAAAGUGUUUCAAGUACGUCUAGCACGUCUAGCGCUAGUCGGGGCAUCCAAUAGAGGGGCAUGAAUCUGCAUCGAAUAGGAAUGUAUUCAAGGUGGAUUCAUGUGGAUUUCGUGUACUUCACAUAGUAUGUAUGUAUUUUACUCAUUUGCACAGAGAGUGAUGAAUGUGUGUGUUUUGUUAGUACAAAGUAGUGAUAAUGCUGAUUAGUAAAUACAGCUAUAUAUAGUGUGUGUGUGUGUGUAUGUAUAUAUAGAUACCAGUGGGUGUCAGCAAAAGAUCUUCAAACGAAACGAAAACAGGUAAAUAGGAAAAUGUAAAUUUCGGAGGAUAUGUGACAUUUGUUCAUUCCCACACGCACUUAAUGCUAAAUAGAUAGCAAAAACUACGACUACAAGAUCUACAGAUACACUCUACACAUACAUGAAUAUGAAUUCUUCUCUAUCGUACAUAUGAAUAUACGAAAUAGACAUAUAUAUUUAUCAUAGAAUAGUAUAGAGGUGUCUGGUGGUAUACAGAUCGUAUAGCUGGAGACGUUCUGUGGUUGUUCGGACGCGAGUGGACGAGUUGAGAGCAGAUCAGAGCAAGCCAGGCGGAUGUUGUUGAUGCUGCCUUGUAUCACAAUUCAAACAAGGAUCCACUAGGGGCAGGAACUUAAAUAGGCAACUUAAAUAAUAUUUAUACAACUUAGUCGAAAGUGUUACACUAGAAAAUAUAACUUGAAUUUUGGAAUCGAUUGCGUCACAAA